UUUCUUUUAUUCUGUCCCAAAGACCAUAGGCCUACUAGGGUGAACUAAGGUAAAUUGGGACAUCAGCUAAAUUGGGACGAACAAGGUUUUGGGUUGUUUUCUUUCUAAAUAUUAGCAAUCACAAAAUGGGAUGUAAUAUUGCUACUGCAACUGUCAUGUAUAAGGAACAAUAAUUUGAUUUGGUAUUAAGAAUCAUAAAAGGAAGGAGCAAAGGUUUUGAAGAGACAGUGGAUGCAACACUUGUCAGUUGAGCUAGCUGACGUGUCGAUUAUGCUAUCAUGAUCAUAAGCUAUAUUAUGGCUGAAUCAGUGAUUAUAUGGUACAAAAUAUGAUUGAAAUAUAUGUUGUUUUACUAAAGGUUUAACUCAAUAUCAAAACAUUUAGACAUUUGUCUUUACUUUAUUAAGGAGACAUAAUUUUAGUAAGUAUAGUGGACUGAGCUAAUUUGGGACAAUAUUUUAAGCUAAAAUGGGACAGUUUUCUCAUUGCAACAGAAUGGGUUUAUGUUAGCUGUUAGCAUAGCAUAUUAGCAUGCCAUAGGCCUGUAUUGUAAUAUGCACACCCACAUGCUAAUGGCCAGAGUCACACAUGCCCUACUACUCCUUCAAUAUUCUCUUGAAAUGGAAAUGUUUCAGGGAUGUUAGGCCUAUAUAUUUGUUUAAUUCGUUAAGAUCCUAUAGUCUACUGUUAACCAGAGAAAAACUGUAGGCCUAUUAUUAUUCUUUGCGCAAAAAUAAUGAUAAUCAAACAGACCGUCCCAUCUUACAUUAAAGGGUGUCCCAAUUUACCAUAGCAUUUUCUCAUACCGAAGUUGGUGUCUCACUGUCUUUAAAUGUUAAUAGCCUAUUAUAAAAUAUUAUACUUUAAAAACCCUACCUUUCAAAAUUCCUACAUGGAAAUGUACCCAAGACCCAUAUGAAGACAAACAAUUACUAAAUGUUGGUGUAUUUAAAGUGUUUUUUUUUUUUUGCGAUCUACCAAAAAUGUCCCAAUUUACCUUAGUUCUAGUUCACCUUUUUUCUCUCUGUUUUCACCAGCUGGGUUUCUGGGUUGUUUUUUUUUGGACGGCUAUGAAACAACCAAUCACGUUAGUUGUACUCACGUGACUGUCCACUGGUCCGUGACGUAAUUUUUAUGCGACUGUCCCCAGCUUCAUCCAUGUGAAUGUCGCUCAAUCAAUUUUGGAUUACGUUCACAUUAAAAAAGUGCCUGUGGUGACAACAUGGUUGCCACUUGAAGGAUUUCGGAGCUGCCGGCAUUGUGUUGGAACUGAACUCUUCCCCUCAACAGAUGACAAUGAGGCUUUUAGGGCGCCUGGCCUUGGUGUUGCCUCGGUCCGCCACCAGAAGCUUCCCUGCCGCCUCCGCUCUCCUCCAGACCAGUGCCUCUGCUCAGUCUGCCGAGGUCCUGGGCUCCCCUCUCCAAGCCAAGCCGUCAGCAGCACAAGCGGCGACCGCAGGGGCAGCCAGAGGACUGUCUGACCGACCCGGUCUGGCAAAAGAGGAGGAAAAGGGCUUUUCCUUCAAGCGGACCCAACUCGAUGAUCUGAUCAGUAAGGCCAAGUCGCCUGAGGAGGUGUUGCAGGUGUGGGUGAAGCAUGGAGGCUCUGCCAACCAGGCUGCCAUUUGCCUGGUCCAUGUCAGCCGGCUGGCCUUGGAGAGGAGUGCGGAGGAGAGAGAGCAGCUCAUCAAUGGUUCUGACUGCGCCAAGCUCAUCCAGACAGUCAGCUCACAGGUGUCAUCGGUGUGGAACGGGACGCUGGUGAACGUCCUUCGCGCCAUCUCCUUGCUGGACGUGUCACCGGACCACUUAGUGCUCCGCUCCCUGCAGACGGAGGCGCUGUGGCGCAUACGCCGCUUCUCCUACAAGCAGCUGGCCUACCUGCUGGACUGGGUGGUGGCGGAGCAGGCCAGGCUGGCGCGUCACGGGCUGGGCCCGGGGCAGGGUCCUGGGGUCCCGCUGGCCAACGAGCUGCCCAAGCAGCUGGAGCUGCGCUGGACGGAGCUGAGCGAGCCGCGCACCGUCAGCAUGCUCACCAGCAAGGCCGCCCACCUGCCGCCCUCGCUCAACGACAAGCUGGGGGAUAAGGCCCUGGAGCUGGCAGAGCAGUUUGUUGCGGAGGACAUCCGCAGGGUGGCGCAGGCGCUGGCUGCCCAGAACCGUCGCACCGUGCCCCUGCUGCGGGCACUGUCCUACCACCUACAGCAGAGGCCCUCCAAGGAGCUUACCACGCCACUGCUGCUCGACGUUGCCUUCGCUUAUGGGAAGCUGAACUUCCACCAGACACAGGUGUUCCAGCGGAUCGCGUCGGAGCUGCUACCCAGAAUGCCAGAGCUGAGUGCCACAGACGUCGCCCGCUGUGCCAAGUCUUUCGCCUUCCUCAAGUGGCUACACCUGCCCCUCUUUGAAGCCUUCACAGAGCACUACGUGGCCAACGCUGACAAGUACAGCACCCUGCAGCUCUGCAACCUGCUGAUGUCUCUGGCCAGACUCAACUUCCAGCCCAGUAAAGGAGACGCUUUCUUCACCAAGGUGCAUUUUGCGUUAGCGGGCACCCUGGAGCAGCUGGAGCCGUUCCUGCUGGUGGACGUGGUGUGGUCGCUGUGUGUGAUGGAGCAGCUCAAGCCAGAACACCUCGCCCUCCUCAGGCAGCCCAGCCUGCUGCACAAACUCACAGAAGAGGGCAACUCAUCGCGUGUGGAGAACUACCACAUCAAGCUCCAGCACAUCUUGGCCCAGGGGAGUUUGGCGGGAGUGGACCCCUCGUCCGACCCCAGCUCCCUCCCUGCGCUCUCGGACCCGUCUCCGGCGCCGGCCCCCUCGCAGCUCCAGGCGGCCCUCCACACCGCCCUCGCCAGCCUGACGGAGAACAAGGCCGACGCCCUCCGCACCGCCGUACACACCUGCUACGGAUGGACUCUAGAUGGCGAGGUGAUCUUGGACAGUGAGAAUAAGCCGAUGGAGCUGGACUCAGUAGCCGCCCCGCACCUGCCCACAGGGGGUGGAGAUCAGCCCUUACCUGAGGGGGCACGCAGGUUGUGCUUUGUGGCGUGGGAGUUUCCUAACUUCGUGCUGAGGAGCAAGGAGCUGCUUGGGCGCUUCGCCAUGCAGAAGAGGCAUCUGCAGCUGGCUGGCUUUCUCCUGGUGGAGGUGCCAUACUACGAAUGGCUGGAGUUGAAAUCUGAUUGGCAGAGAGUGGCGUACCUGACAGACAAGAUGGGCAAGGCCGUGGCAGAGGAGAUGGCCAAGUGAGAGAGAGAGAACUUGGUAGAACCUGGUGGAACCGUUCGGAACCUGGCUUGGACGGAUGAGGAAAUCCGAGGGUUCCGGGGGAUCAAGGGUUCUAAGCCCCCGGACACCAUAUCCUAAGAGAACCAUUCACUUGAUGGAGCCUAUAAAACUCAGCUCGCUUGGAAGUCCUCUUUUUUAAUAGAUAUAACGGAGAGAACUCUCAAACAUUACAGCACUGAAGCAACAGCAGUAAGGUAACUUUGUAUGUGUUAUGUCAAUACAUCCAUUGGACCAUUGAACCAAAUACCUUUUACUGUGAGACCAUUCCAGUUAAAAGCUGCCUCAAAACCACGCGGCCGAAGCUACAGAUGAAUUAUCACAUCCACUUAAGCAAGUAUGGAAGUUCUGGAAGCUCUGAAAACCCCUUGUUUAUCUCUCUGAGAAAUUUCUGGAAAUGUUGAGAGAUACACACAUCUCCUGUGUCUCUCUUUUAAAAAAAAUAAAUUAUCUGGUUGCCUUGACAACAGGGGCUUUCCCUGUUACCAAGGAGACAGCUUGUGAAGGCUUGGAUGAAAAUAAAGAUGCUCAGAGGUGCAGGGAUGCCCAAGAAUCAGAGACGAUCAGCAGGAGGGCAAAAACAAACAAACAUGACGAGAGAAAUGCUUUCCUUUUCAUUUGGUGUAUGAAAAUGGCCGCUGAAAAGCUUUUUUAGCAAAAUCAAAAUACAUUCAAAUAUGAAUUAGUUCAGAGUGGAGUACAUAUCGUUUAUCACUUACAACCUACUCAGAGCUUUGGUUUCACACUAGUCGUUGGUGGAAUGUGUAAUGGGUGGUAAGCUACAAAGUUGGUUAAAUUAGAAACCGGGUUACCAAGAAGUGACCGUAAACCUGUGAGUAGAAGAGCACAUGAACAUGUUUGCGGGUGAAAAAUCGGAGCCUAUGUUCUCUUAUACUAACAGGUUUAUGCCUGCACCUGUGUUAACUGAAUCAGAAUGGUAACUUGUCUAACUUCGUAGCUUUUCCUCACUCUGAUCGUCCAGUUGAAUUCACCAGUGAACACACAUCUCAUUGCAAUGGUGUUCUGUGGAAGUGCAUGUUGUGACUGAGAUGAGAUGCCUCAUGUGGCUGUUGUUAUUUAAAUAUUCUUCAGAUGUGUCUUGUCAAGAACAGAACUUUGUUGAAAUAAAAUAUUUGUUGAGAAAAUAAAAUAUUUAACAAGAUGAAAAGUAGUUUCAGCUUGUGUAUCACGCAACACAUGUCGGACCUGCCAGUCAUGCCAGGCAUGUCUGCAUCAUUUUAGUGUUAUGUACUUUGGGGUAAUCUAAAGAAGUUAUCCCAGUAUUAUGUUUUAUUGUAUUGAUUGGCCCAAGGUUGGCUAUUCUACUGUGAUUUAGUUAAUGGUAAUGGAGGAAAUACAAACAAGCAUCUGUUUUGGAGUAGAGCAUCUGAUAAUGACAAUAAUAACUAGAAAGGAAGAGUUAAUUUGUAAAAUGGUGUACCUCCCUUUUUUAUAAUGUUGGGAAAUUGACAUUUUUCUAUGUGGCAUUCCAUUGCAUUGCAUGGUAAAAAUGCAUUUUAUAUUGCUUGAAACAGUAUGUUAUCAAAAUAUUUGAAUGGGAAGAAUUCACACAUAGGUGGUAGGACCUCUGAACUGUAAUUUUCAAUAAUAAAAUGCAAAAGUCAAAAAUGGUGGAUACACCGGUUUGCAAAUUAACUCUUCAAAUGCACUGAGAGAGUGCAGACCUCCGUCAAGGAUGCUGUUUGAUAGAACAUUUGACUGUUGCACCCUAUUUUUUUCCCAAGUCCUUGUUUUUGUGGAGAUAGAAAAUGAAAGGUCAAAAUUCUCCUUAUCCUGCAAUGGUGAAGAAUCUUUUUUUUUUAAAUCCUGGAUCCGGAUUGUGAUUCGGAUCACCACCAAAAUUGAAUCACUUGUUCCUCUUGUCAUUUCAAACACCUCUACAAAAUUUCAGUAAAAUCGGUUCAUAACGUUUUGAGUUAUCCUGCUCACAGACAGACAGAAAAACCUAUGUGACGGAAAACACAACCUCCUUCACAAAGGUAACAUUGAUGAU